AUGGCCCCUCCAGAAGUCAACGAAGUAUUCGAUAUCAUUAUCGUUGGAGGCGGCACAGCAGGCUGUGUAGUAGCAUCAAGACUUCGACAACGAAAACCCACGUUGUCGAUCUUGGUCCUUGAAGCAGGUGGAGAUCUUUCCAAAAACCCGCAUGUCUACUCUCCGGAAACCGCUCCACUACUUCUAGGUUCUGAUGCAGAUUGGAAGUACACAAGUGUUCCGCAGGUGAAUCUGAAUGGGAGGGAGAUUUAUUAUCAGGCUGGAAAAGGGGUGUCUGGGAGUGCGGCAGUUAAUAUGGGUGCAUGGACUCGUGGAGAUGCGCAAGAAUACGAUCGCUGGGCAGAUUUAGUAUCUGAUCAACGCUGGAGCUACGAGGGUCUUCUGCCAUAUUUCAAGCGCACAGAACACCACUACAACCCGCACGUCGGUGAUGCAGAACAACAUGGAUUCAAGGGCCCGAUUCAUACCUCUUCUGUCUCUUCAAGUGGGCGUCAAUAUCCGUUGCGAGAGACGCUUCGGCAAGCCUGGUGUAAUACCGGGUUGAAGGGAGUCGACGAUGCGAAUAAUGGACAUCCGCAAGGGGUCACAGAGCUGGUUAGUAACUGGGCCGAUGGCCGGCGGCAGUUGACGAGUGAGGUAUACCCACUACAUGGGGCAGUGAAUGUUGUGACCAAUGCGCUAGUCCGACGCGUCAUACUCGAUAGCAGUUUUACUGCUACUGGUGUUGAAUUAGCGGAUGGCCGAAUCUAUUCUGUCCGGAACGGUGGAGAGGUGAUCGUUUCUACCGGAGCCUUGAGAACGCCUCAGAUUCUGAUGCUCUCAGGUAUCGGCGAUUCUAAGCAAUUAUCAAAGUACAAUAUUCGCGAGUUCAUCCAUCUUCCGGAGAUUGGGCGGAACUUCCACGACCAUCUCCUGGCAUUUAGAUAUUGGAAGCUACGUGAACCCGAAAAGGGUGUCGCAUUGGGCUCUCCGCUCUUUGGGGGACCAAACUUUGAAAAAGGAGUACCGCCAGAAGAUUGGUUGGUUACUACGACUAUUUCUUCGACGGGCUUGCAUUCUGCUCAGGCAAAAGAUGACGAAAACGGUCCUGUCCAGGAAGUGGUCGAUUUGCGAAGUCAUUUGGAACUAGCCACCAUCUAUGCUGCCUUUGGCGGAGAAUUGAUUGGACUCGACAUUCCCAUGGAUGGAAGCGCUAUAAUGAGCUUUAUUAUGGGCUUCUUACCUACCUCUCGCGGUUCGAUCACGCUCAAGUCUGCAGACCCGGCAGAUCCACCGGUGAUUGAUCCUAAUUUCUUCGCAACGGAAGCCGAUCGGUUUGUCAUGCGCGAAGGCUGGAGACUAUUAUCGAGGCUCAUGUUUGAGACUCCUGAAGGCAAGGACCUCGUGGCAGAGGAAAUCGUCCCUGAGGGUCAUCGGUCUCUUGAAUCCGAUGCUCCAGACGACCUUAUCGACGCGCACAUCCAGAUGGGGGGUAUGACUGGCUCCCAUUUCGCAGGUACGGCGAGCAUGGGUAGUGUGGUUGAUGGAUCAUUGAAAGUACGAGGUACGCAGGGACUGAGGGUCGUCGACGCCAGUGUGAUUCCAACACCUCUAGCAUGUCAUUACCAAGCGGCGGUCUACGCUAUUGCUGAGCAGGCUGUUGAUAUUGUUCUUCAGGAGAAUCCAGGUCUAUAG